UAGAUAAAAACGGCAACGUUUUGGAAACGUAAACAUUGUUGAAGUUAUAUCCAAAAUGAAGAUAAUUGUUGUCUUUUGUGUGGGCAUAGUUGGUGUUUUGUCUGCACCACCAACGUACAACAAGUACAAUUUAGGUAAGCCAACGUACAAUAAUCAAUAUAUACCACCAGCCAACAAAUAUAACCCAAGUGUUGCACAGCCAACACUGAAUAAAUAUAAUCAAAACGCUGCAUCACCUACACUUAACAAGUUUAGUCAAAAUGCCGCAUCACCUACACUUAACAAGUAUAAUCAAAAUGCUGCAUCACCUACACUUAACAAGUUUAGUCAAAAUGUUGCAUCCUCUACACUUAACAAAAUGAAUAAAAAACCUGCUGUCUCAACAUACAAUCAAUAUAAUCGCAGUGAUGAUGAAAAAAAUAAAGAUAAAGAGGCAACCAUAGUCCGUUAUGAAAGUACAAAUGAUGGUCAAGGUAAUUAUGAAUUUGAAUAUGAAACAUCAGACGGGCAAAUUCGUAAAGAACGUGGUGAAUUAAUACAAGUUGAUGGGGCUGAAGAACCUGUUAUCAAAGUCACUGGCACCUAUACAUACCGUGAUCCUGAAAAUAGAUCUCACACUGUUAAUUAUGUAGCUGAUGCUGAUGGAUACCGUUCUAUGGAAGAAGCAACACGUCAAAAAAUUGUACCACAAACAGUUUCGGCAUUUCAAAAACCCUUAGGUAUUCUUGGAGCAGUUAGCAAGACAUUAGGAUGAA